AUGCUCGCGGCCAAUUCAGCAGCAGCCAAGAAGGCGCCGUCAAUGAGGGCGCUUACAGCGAGAAUGAAGGAAAUUCAACUAUCAUUCAAUGACAUCUGGAGGUUUAUGCAAGAAUUCAAGGAAUCCAAUACAGCAACCGAGGUGCAGGUACGCCUUGCUAAAUUGGAGGAGCUGUGGGAAGGUUUUAGCGAUGUGAUGGUGGAGAUUUUUGCACACGAUAACUACAGUGCAGAAACUAGUUGUUUAGAAAAAGAGCGAAUGGAAUUCAGCGACCGUUAUUACGAAGUCAAAUCCUUUCUGGUGGACAAGACUAAGGAGCUUGAAGAGCCACAUCGAUUAGCAAAUUCAACCCGAGUAGGAGACGUUACAACGCACGGUGGUAUGGACCACGUCCGGUUGCCGCAAAUUAAAUUGCAAAGUUUUAAUGGAGACAUCGAUGAGUGGUUGAGUUUCCGAGAUUUGUUUACAUCGCUCAUCCACUGGAAUGAAGAUCUACCGGAAGUAGAGAAAUUCCAUUAUCUCAAGGGGUGUUUGCAGGGAGAGCCAAAGAGUUUAAUCGAUCCGCUGCAAAUUACGAGAGCCAACUAUCAGGUAGCCUGGGAGUUGCUACUUAAACGGUACAACAAUUGUAAACAGCUUAGGAAGCGCCAGGUUCAAGCGCUUUUCAGAUUGCCCACACUGACCAAGGAAUCAGUAUCCGAUCUGCAUACUCUCAUUGAAGGCUUCGAGAGAAUAGUGCAGACCCUGGAUCAAGUAGUUCAACAGGCGGACUACAAGGACCUCCUUCUAGUAAACAUUCUUACGGCACGAUUGGAUCCGGUCACUAGAAGGGGGUGGGAAGAGGUUUCAUCAGCAAAGGAACAGGAUACUUUAGCGGAUUUGACGGAAUUUCUACGACGUAGGGUACAGGUUUUGGACUGCCUACCAUCCAGGUGCAGUGACACUAGGGGUGUCCCGCAACAACAUCCAAGGCAGAAACAUUCCAUAGCUAGGGUAUGCUAUAAUUCCAACCAAGGGUCUGGGGGACGCUGUACGGCUUGUACGUCGGAUCAUCCGCUUUAUUUGUGCAACACAUUCCAGAAAAUGACAGUGGUGGAAAGAGAUGCAUUAUUAAAAACUCAUGCUCUUUGCCGCAAUUGUUUCCGAGUUGGCCAUCAGGCGAAAAAUUGCACAUCCAAAUAUUCGUGUAGAAACUGCAGAGGUCGUCACCAUACGUUAGUUUGUUUCAAUCAAAGGAAGAAGGAAACCAAGGUUGCAGCGGUUGCAAGGGAUAAUACACUACCUUCCAAGGACUCGGACAAUCCAGCCUCUACCCAAACGGCUAAUAUGGCAGCCGUGAAUAUUCAGGUAUCCGGAGCAGCUCGUCAGCAUGCUUCCCAUGUGCUUCUGGCCACAGCAGUUGUCACGGUCGAAGACGAUGAUGGCAAUCGGUUCCCUGCCCGCGCUAUGCUGGAUUCAGGAUCAGAAAGUAAUUUUAUCACCGAACGGUUAAGCCAACGUUUAAAGGUGACUCGUGAUCGGGUUAAUAUAUCGGUCGUCGGGAUAGGUCAAGCUUCAACCACAGUAAAACAGAGGUUAAAAACGUUGAUACGGUCUCGAGUUUCACUGUUCUCGCGCGAACUAAGCUUCCUAGUUCUUCCAAGAGUGACAGUUAGUCUUCCGACUACAACAAUUGAUAUGGAAAGGUGGAACAUCCCGAGCGGCAUCCAAUUAGCCGAUCCAGCAUUCUUCGAAUCCCAUGGGGUGGACUUAGUGCUAGGUAUUGAAGCAUUCUUUGAUUUCUUUGAAACUGGCCGAAGGAUUUCGUUGGGAGAGCAACUACCUACACUAAAUGAAUCGGUCUUCGGUUGGGUAAUUUGCGGUGGUUCUGCAGCACCAAGCCAACCCUGGCAAAUUAGAUGCAAUGUGUCCACUUCAGAUCAGCUAGAUACAUCAAUCUCUCGCUUCUGGGCUUGUGAAGAGGUGGAUAAUGUUAGAACUUAUUCACCAGAAGAACGACGAUGUGAAGACAUUUUUACACAGACGGUACAACGCUACACAGAUGGGCGUUACACCGUUGCCUUGCCGAAAAGGAAGGACAUCCUAAUCAACCUGGGCGAUUCAAGGGACAUCGCAUUCAGACGUCUUCAGGGAACCGAACGUAGACUGGCAAGAGAUGAAAAUCUGCGGAAGGAAUAUACCACUUUUAUGAACGAAUAUCGGCGACUCGGGCACAUGCAGAGGAUCGACGACACGGAUUCGGUUCAACGAUGCUACUUGCCGCACCAUCCCGUCGUCAAAGAAUCUAGUACCACCACUAAGGUCAGGGUCGUGUUCGAUGCCUCAUGUAAAACGGCCACUGGGGUGUCUCUCAACGACGUUUUACUGGUGGGACCAGUGAUACAGGAAGAUCUUCGUUCAAUUAUCCUGCGAAGUAGGACCAAGCAAGUCAUGCUCGUGUCCAACGUGGAGAAAAUGUUCCGCCAAAUAAACAUUUGUCCCGAAGAUCGACCGCUCCAAUGCAUCCUUUGGCGAAACUCGCCAUCCGAGAAAGCUCAAACCUACGAGCUUAAAACCGUGACCUACGGAACUAAACCAGCCCCAUUUCUGGCCACCAGGACUCUACAUCAACUGGCAGUUGACGAACAAGAACGGUUUCCGCUAGCGGCGAGUGCUACAAUCCAUGACACCUACAUGGAUGAUGUCAUCACAGGGGCGGACAGCAUAGAAACUGCGCUAGAACUGAGGAUUCAGUUAGAUGAAAUGAUGUCACGGGGGGGUUUCCGGCUUAGAAAGUGGGCUUCGAACUCUCCAGACGUAUUAAAGGGCGUUCCUGAGGAUGGAUUGACCAUUCGCGCUUUGGAAGGAAUUAAUCUUGAUCCAGACUCAUCGGUGAAAACAUUAGGCUUGACCUGGAUGCCUGUGCCAGAUACACUUAAAUUCAGUUUUGCUAUCCCUACUCUAAAUGAUAAAUUAUCACUAACUAAACGAUAUGUACUGUCGGUCAUAGCUACACUCUUCGACCCACUGGGACUGUUAGGCGCUACUAUCACGUCAGCAAACAUUUUCAUGCAAAGGUUGUGGACGUUACGCGACGACGGCGGUAACCCUCUGAGCUGGGAUCAAUCACUGCCUCCAACGGUGGGUGAGGCUUGGGUGAAAUUUCAGGAACAAAUUCCCCAACUCAAUGAUUUGCGUAUUAGGCGGUGUGUUAUUAUCUCACAGCCUGUCGUCGUGGAGGUUCAUUGUAUUUCUGAUGCCUCGGAGAAGGCAUACGGUGCAUGUCUAUAUUUGAAGAGUAUAAACGCUGAGGGAGAGGUCAGAGUGCAUCUAUUAUCUUCCAAAUCAAGAAUAGCUCCAUUAAAAUGUCAAACGAUUCCGCGGCUAGAACUUUGCGGUGCAGAACUAGCAGCGAAACUGUUCGAAAAGGUGAAUGGCGCGAUACGCCUAGCGGCACGGACUUAUUUUUGGACGGACUCUACCUGCGUGUGA